AUGGAGCCUCAGUUUGAAUUCUCCAUUUCCCUUCCUGGAGCUGGAAUCCAUGACAAUAAACACCACUUGACAGCACUGCCCAGCCCUGAGGUGACCUCAGGUGGGAACAUGACACUCCAGUGUGUCUCACAGGAGAGAUAUGACAAGUUCAGCACCAGUGAACAUCAGAAGUUCUCCAGCUCCCUGAACUCACACUACUUACAUAUUAUUAUGCAGUACCAAGCCUUGUUCUCUAUAGAUCAUGUAACAUCUUACCACACAGGGAAAUCCCAAUGUUAUGGUUAGUACAAGAAAAGCAUACAGCUGUGGUCAGUACUCAGUGAGCCCCUGGUAAAACACAUCUCAGGCCUGUCCAAGAAGCCCUCCCUGCAGACUCAGCAAGGCCACAUCCUGGACCCUGGAAAGAGCCUCACCCUGCAGUGUUGCUCUGACAUCAACUAUGACAGAUUUGCUCUGUACAAGGUGGGGGGAACAGACUUCACCCAGCAUCAUGGCCAGAGGACCCAGGCUGGCCUCUCAGUGGCAAACUUCACACUGGGCUUUGUGAGAAGAACUACCGGUGGCCAGUACAGAUGCUAUGGUGCACACAACCUCUCCUCUGAGUGGUCAGCCUCCAGUGACCCCAUGGACAUCAUGAUCACAGGACCCAUUGGAACAUCAAAUGUGACACCCACACGGGCAAUGCCCAGUUAUAGGCUUCUUACAGUCUCUGUGGCCUUCCUCCUGUUCCUCUUCAUUCUCACCUUUCUCCUUCUCAGACGAAGGCAUCAGGGAAAGUUGAGGAAGGAUGGUGAGUCCUCCCAGAAAGAAACAGAAUCGCAACUUCCUGCAGGAGCUAUAGAGCCAGUAAUCAGACACAGAGGCCGCCAGAAGAGAUCCAACCCAGCUGCUGCCACCCAGGAAGAAAGUCUUUAUGCUUCAGUGGAGGACAUGAAACCGCAGGAUGGUGUUGAGCUGGACAUUUUGGUGAAGAUCCUGUCCCUAUUUAAGUGCUGA